UUCCAUAUACACCACCUUCCUUUCAACACUCUCUCUUGUCUCUCAAACUCUUUUCCAUUCAUAUAUUUUCCCAUCUACAUAUUUUUAUUUUCCUUCUCCAUUUCAAAAAAAAAAAAAUGUCAACAAUUUUUUUCCUUCCUAUUUUUCUUUCUUUUAUUUUUCUCCAUUCAACUAAUGCUAAUUAUUGGCCAAUUUCACCUGGAUAUUAUCCAAGUACAAAAUUUAAAUCCAUGAGUUUUUAUCAAGGAUUUAAAAAUCUUUGGGGUCCUAAUCAUCAAAGUGUAGAUAACAAUGGCAUUAAUAUUUGGCUUGAUAGAAAUUCAGGAAGUGGAUUCAAGUCGGUUAAACCGUUUCGAUCCGGGUAUUUUGGGGCUUCUAUUAAACUCCAACCCGGUUAUACGGCCGGAGUCAUCACUGCUUUCUACCUUUCAAAUAAUGAAGCACAUCCAGGGUUCCAUGAUGAAGUGGACAUAGAGUUUCUUGGAACAACAUUUGGAAAACCAUACACAUUACAAACAAAUGUUUAUAUUAGAGGAAGUGGUGAUGGAAAAAUCAUUGGAAGAGAAAUGAAAUUUCAUUUGUGGUUUGAUCCCACAAAAGAUUUUCAUCACUAUGCUAUUUUGUGGAGUCCUAGAGAAAUCAUAUUUUUGGUAGAUGAUGUGCCAAUAAGGAGGUAUGCAAGGAGGAGUGAUGCAACAUUUCCAUUAAGGCCAAUGUGGUUAUAUGGAUCCAUAUGGGAUGCAUCUUCAUGGGCUACUGAGAAUGGAAAAUAUAAAGCUGAUUAUAACUACCAACCAUUUUUUGGAAAAUUCACGAAUUUCAAGGCAAGCGGUUGCACCGCCUAUUCGUCUAGAUGGUGUCGUCCUGUGUCCGCCUCACCCUAUCGAUCCGGUGGCCUUAGCAGGCAACAACGUCAGGCUAUGAAUUGGGUUCGAAGUCACUAUAUGGUGUAUGACUAUUGCAGGGACUUUAAAAGAGAUCACUCCCUUACACCAGAAUGUUGGCGCAAGUGAAACAAUUUUGUUUGUAUCUUAUAUUCAUCCGAUGAACAUAACUAAGCGAGUUGUUCAAGCUAUGGGAUGUAAUAGUAUAUCGAUGGUACACGUGUCAAUCUUUUAUAGGAUUAAUUUCCUAUUUUGUGUGAACUAUCCUUUUUUUUUUU